AUUAAUGUCCGUUACUCCCCCACCAAGUGUUCGACGAACGCAGUGCAUUCGCUGCCAGGCGUGGGCGAUCGGCUCUCAUGUCUCCGUCGCCGCCUCAGCUCGUCCACCACAGAGCCGCUCUCCUCGCCUCGCCUCUGAAUGCCGCCUUUAGCUUCAACAUCGUAGGAGCUCCUGGCCCUGCUCGGAGGAGGGCUCACAGGCGGCUGUUCACUGCAAUUAGCGCCAUGGGUGGGGAAGAAACCCGGUUCGAGGUCGACCCCAGCAAGGCCCGGGAAGCAUUGCAGCGGCUCGACCAGCAGCUCGAGUCCCUCGCGCAGCAGGAAGCCCUCCCGAAGAAGAAGCGGCCCUCUCCUCCUCCUUUAGAGCCUAUUCUAGACAGAGAUCUGAUAACCGGCAAGAGGACUGAUGAUAUGCCAGAAGUGUCAGGGUCUUAUCUUGCAUAUACUGCCGUUGCACUUGUCCUACUUACGGUUCUGAACAACAUCUUGUUCAAUGUGUUCAUAAAACCAUCUGUCGAUGGAAACGAGCAAGUUUCAAAAAUAGAAAGAGUACCUCUAAGUGAACCCACAGAGCAGCUUGUGCCGAAGCUAGUGGACUAAUGGUGAGUUACAUUAUCAUCUAGCAAGUAUGCAUCAUAUCAAUAAGAUUAUAGUCUUACCAAUACCACAUGAAUUUCCUCACUGAGACUGUUUUGACAUGGAUUCCAUGUUCUAUCGAUGUCUCGAAUUGCUGCCUUUUUCUUGAGGCUCUUUGGUCUCUGAUUUGAAUGGUCAAUAAAUACACUGAUGGUUGCUUUUCUUUA